AUAUAAGAAAUUUUGCAGCAAGUUUAAAAUGUAACCAUAUCAGCCAGUGUUUUAAAAAUGAUUAAAAAAGCCGAUACAUAAAUAUAAAAAAGCAAUAUCAGCAUAUUUCAAAUAAUCCACAUGUGAUAAGAAGGGAAUUCUUAAUUUAAAACGAACAUGAAAAUGUAUUCGAAUUUUAAAUUAAAAACCCGCGUAAACCACCACAGAUAAAGAAUGAACGUUUAAACUUUUAAAUCGAACACAAAGGUCGUCGAAUCGUGAUGCCAUUUCGCGUUUAACAAAAUGGCGAAUAUCGGCAAAGUUUUGGCUACAAUCAAGGCAGUUAUUACAAGAUUGGUAUUUGCCUGCCAUGGCAUCAUCGCUAUUUGGCAAGUAACGGUAUUUAAAGACAGUUUAGAGUACUGGUACCUAGCAUCGCCCAUCCUGCUUUUGAUAUUUGAAGGUCUUUUCACAUUGACCAUAAAAGAAAACCAAGAAUGGAAGUGGUUCUGCCCCUCAGUAUUCAUUUACCUAGGUCUCGUAGUCCCUGCAAUAUGGCUAAUAGAACUACACAAGGUGGACCUCCGGCUGCAAAAGAAAAUCAUCAACAUGACCUACAUAGAAGUGAGUAUGCCACGCCCUCUUCCUCGAGGCAAUUCUUGGAGCGUCAACCUGUACGCCGCCAAGUAUGCAACGCCGACGGAAAUCUUGAUUCCUGGAGCAACGAAGAUUCCCACGGAUAUGUGGGUGACACUCAUAGAACAGUUCCUGAUGCUCACCCUCAUUGUCGGGAGAUGGUUGUUACCUAAAGGAGACCUCACAAGGGACCAAUUGAGUCAACUAUUACUUGUAUAUAUUGGCACUGCGGCGGAUAUCAUAGAAUUCUUCGACUCCUUCAAAGAUGAGAAGGUGGCCUCGGAGAAGGUCCUCGUGCUCCUGACCCUGGCGAUCUGGUCCUGGUCCCUGAUGCAGUUCACAGUCGUCCUGACCGCUACCAAGUCCAGGAAGUCGCGUGGAGCAGCAAAUAGGUCCGACAUGUACGUGGAUAUCUGCACGAACAGUCGAGCUUGCUGUUGUACUAUCGAAGUGUGUGCUAUUAUAAUGAAUAUAGCUCUUCAAGAUGCCCCGUUUUUGGCUUUCCGUCUUCUAAUUAUUUGCCACUAUAGAAUUAUUAAUUAUAUGAACAUAUUUUUCACGUGCAAAAAUACAUUGGUAAUUCUUUUACAAAUAUAUCGAUUGUAUGUAUUACACUUGGAAACAGUUGAUGAAGGAAACGGCGGCUCUGUGUAUAGGAAGCGACACAAACAUAGGUCUAAAGAGAAGAAAGAACGAAGCAGAAGACACGAACACAAGUCCAAAAGGCACAAGAGACGGCGAGAAGUGGCCGAGACCACGGUCUCAGUGAUCAGUGACCCUCGGAAACACGACCGAGUGGACGGAGGCAGAAUUAGAGCCAUAAUAUUAACAAAUUCUGAUGACAUCAAGGAAUUGGAAUUGACUAAACUGUUCAAUGAUCAAGUUUCAACUGAAAAUGAGAAGAAGAAGAACAAAAAGAAACAGAAAUCAGAGACCUCG